UUCGUUGGGCAAUGGGAAGCCAGUGGAGGGAUUGGCAGAGAGGGAUGGAGCACACUGAAUGGAGGCCAGUGGAGGGAUUGGCAGAGAGGGGUGGAGGACACUGAGUGGAGGCCAGUGGAGGGAUUGGCAGAGAGGGGUGGAGGACACUGAGUGGAGGCCAGUGGAGGGAUUGGCAGAGAGGGGUGGAGGACACUGAGUGGAGGCCAGUGGAGGGAUUGGCAGAGAGGGGUGGAGGACACUGAGUGGAGGCCAGUGGAGGGAUUGGCAGAGAGGGGUGGAGGACACUGAGUGGAGGCCAGUGGAGGGAUUGGCAGAGAGGGGUGGCAGAUACAGAACGGUUAACUGAAGAGGGGAUAGCCUGAGAUGAGGUCGGCCAAUGAGGAGGGAGUUUAUCAAGUGACCAAGGGAGGAGAAAGAGGAAGUGAAGCAGAGGAGGCAGUGUUAUAGGUGACGCUGAAGGAGCGCUGUGAAAGAGAGUGGAGUUUUUGAGGAGGAGGGGAUGGAAGAGUACGGAGUAGUGGCCAUUGGUUGGGAAGAGUGCGGAGUAGUGGCCAUUGGUUGGGAUGAGUACGGAGUAGUGGCCAUUGGUUGGGAUGAGUACGGAGUAGUGGCCAUUGGUUGGGAUGAGUACGGAGUAGUGGCCAUUGGUUGGGAUGAGUACGGAGUAGUGGCCAUUGGUUGGGAAGAGUACGGAGUAGUGGCCAUUGGUUGGGAUGAGUACGGAGUAGUGGCCAUUGGUUGGGAAGAGUACGGAGUAGUGGCCAUUGGUUGGGAUGAGUACGGAGUAGUGGCCAUUGGUUGGGAAGAGUACGGAGUAGUGGCCAUUGGUUGGGAAGAGUACGGA